ACUGUCAAGUCCAAGAUCAAGACUUGUUCUCUUCUUUUGUAGCCCCGCAAUCGCCUAGAUAGCUUGUCCUCAAGUCCAAACAGUACCUCAUCCAACAUGUUCGAUAAUGCAGUGCCCCCUCCCAGGCCUGCCCUCAACGCGCCGGAGACAUUGGCAUUGGUGGCACGAGCACAAGAGAGUGACGCCGCUGAUCAUGCGCUCACUAUUCGUCAAGCUUUGCACAAAUACAAGAAGGCAGUCUUCUGGGCAAUGAUCCUCUCGACGAGUCUAGUCAUGGAGGGCUACGAUGUAGUCAUCAUCACAUCCUUCUACGGACAGACACAGUUCAAGAACCAAUUCGGGACAGGCAUCGAUCCCACUACGGGUCAGAAGCUGAUAACAGCUGCUUGGCAAUCUGGGCUUUCUAAUUCAUCCUUGGUGGGCCAGCUGUUUGGACUCAUCAUCAAUGGCUUCUUCCAAGACCGUUUCGGAUGUAGAAAAACCCUAAUGAUUUUCAUGGCGUGGAUGGCCGCCGCCAUUUUCAUCCCUUUCUUCUCUCGAUCCCUGCCCGUUCUCGCGUUUGGCGAGGCCAUGUGCGGAAUCAGCUGGGGAGUAUUCCAGACUUUGUCCACGGCCUACGCUGCUGAAGUUGUACCCACCGUUCUCCGGCCCUACGUGACGGCUUACGUCUGCAUGUGCUGGGGUGCUGGAAUCCUACUCUCGUCCGGUGUCGUCCGCGCUGUGGCUGGACUUCAGGGCGAAUGGGGCUGGAGGCUACCUUUCGCGGUCCAAUGGGUGUGGCCAAUCCCUUUGUUCAUCUGCGCAUAUUUUGCCCCCGAAUCGCCGUGGAAUGCCAUCCGAAGACGCAAACCUGAACUCGCCCGUCAAGCUCUGCGUCAGCUCAAGAAGGACACGCCAACGCGAGAUGAGGAGAUUGAGGCUACUAUUGCCUUGAUAGAACACACGACUGCUCUCGAAGAAGCAGAGACCGCCGGGGCCACGUAUCUUGAAUGUUUCAGGGGAACAAACCUCAGGAGAACUGAAAUUAACUGUGUUGUUUGGGCAGCACAAAUCCUUUGUGGGAACGCCAUACUUGGCUACUCCGUAGAGUUCCUUGAACAGGCUGGUUUCUCCGAAUUGCAAGCUUUCGAUCUCAACAUCUCUCUCAGUUGCUGCUACAUUGUGGGCGGCAUCAUCUGCUGGUUCCUUAUGGCUCGAAUUGGACGGGCCACAAUCUAUAUCGGCGGCUUGAUUGGCAUGUUUGUCUGCUUAAUUGUCAUCGGAGGUCUUGGUUUCUCGGACUCUGUACACGCCAAAUUAGCCAUAGGUAUCCUGCUUGUCAUCUCGACUCUCAUCAACAUGAUCACGACAGGACCGGCCUGCUACCCUAUCGUCGCGGAGACACCAAGUGGACGUCUCAGGUACAAGACCAUCGUCAUUGGUCGUUUCGUCUACAAUCUCACAGGCAUUUUCUCAAAUUCGGUGACACCCAGGAUGCUUUCUCCGACUUCAUGGAACUGGGGAGCAAAAAGCGCUCUGUUUUACGCAGGCACCAAUCUACUGUGCUUGGUUUGGUGCUACUUUCGACUGCCUGAGACCAAGGAUCGAUCUUUCGGUGAAAUUGACAUUCUGUUCGAAAACAAGGUCCCAGCGAGAAAAUUCAAGAGCACUGUGGCAGAUCAAUUCGCUCAUUCAGAGGCCGCGAUAGAGAAGACUAUGGAGAUGGAGCACAACGAGAAGAGUAUGCGAAUGAUGAACAAUAUUGGAGGCGUCGGUGUAUGAGCCUUGAAAAGUUGAGCUAAAUCGAGUUUUAUAGAAAACCAACAGUCGAGAUUGUAAAUGCAUGUAGGGCUGACA